AUUAAAAGUCAACUAACAAACGUAAAUAUAUAGAAUUUUAUUUUACUUUUCUUCCAAUUGGAUAACAAAAAGUAUGUGGUUUCUUCAAUGAGUUCACAGGACUAUUGUGAUAUUUUGAAUUAUAGUGCGGGAUUAGAGUUAUGGACAACGUAUAACCUGGAGUCCUAUGAGAGCUCAUGAUGGAAGAGUCAAGUAUUUGCAUGUGUCGCUGACACAGUCCUCUCUGGAUAGAAACCAUUUUACAUUUCAUGCAUCAAUCGGUGGUCUCUGAGAUCAAAAAGUGGAUUCUUUAAGAAGUAUUGCAAUCCGUAAAGGUUCUCAAAACUGACAAACCCAGUUUAUACCACCCUCUACAAGCAACUUAAAACAAUUGCUAUGGAGGAAAAAAUCCUGGACAAUGUGGCGACUCAACUCCAAAAUGGAAGAAACACAAAAUCUUCAACUUUAGUUAUACGUGAGUUUGAGCCAGAGGACCAAGUGCAUGUUCAACGGAUUUUUGCUGAGGGAAUGAUGGAGAUGAUAUUUGAUACAGCCUUCAGAGGUCUGAGACGUCAUCCUGAGAGCAUUCUGCUGUAUUUCACAAUGGCAGCUGCCAGUUUUGUCUUUACAAUGUGUUGGUGGGUGAUAGCACUCCUUCCUGCGGUUGUGCUUUGCUGCCGUUACCUUUGCAGCAGUCGUGUAAUUCGUGGUUACUUGGAGGAAGCCAUGAACAAAGACAUGGGUCACAUCGAAGAGUUUUACAUAAACUCAACAGAUUCCCACUUGUGGGUCGCAGUUCUAGAUGGCCAAGUAGUAGGUGUUGUAGCAGUGGUUGGCCAGAAGGGAGGGGGUUUUGCUGAACUGAAGCGCAUGUCAGUUGACCGCAGGUGUCGGCGUUGUGGCGUGGGCAUGGCCCUUGGCAGUAAAGUUCUGGAGUUUGCCAAAACCCAGGGAUAUUCAACUGUUGUCCUGGGAACCACAGCCUACUCACCUGCUGCACACAAGCUCUACCAACGACUGGGAUUCCAAUGUAGUGGAGUCACCAAUGGAUAUGUCUCAGAUGGUGCAACACCAUCCCUACUGGAGAGAAUAUUCUAUAGGGUUCGUCAUCAUCACUACAGACUAGAAGUGAAAAAUACGCCUUUAAAUAGACACUGACGAACUAGUGCAGAAAAUCAUUUAACUGGAAAAUCAAAUCAUCUAAUCAAUUAGAUUAAAACUAUAAUGUGACCCGAAAAAUAAUGACAGUAAGAUGACAGUACUGAUUUUAAGACUUUAAGUGACUUAUCUUUAUAGGUGACUUUGAUGCUAAUGCAUUCUUGAUCUUAGAACCAGUGUUUUUUUUGGCAGCCAUUUUAAUUUUAGCGUUAGUCUUUUGGACGAUAAAAUUUAUUAGUCUUAGUCAGAUUUUAGUCAUUUCAAAAUGUGUUCGUCUUCGUCUAGUGUUUGUUGACGAAAACUCAGACUAAUUUCGUCUAGUUUAAGUUGACGUUUACUCAAUAUUUUGGUCCGUAAAAUUUGAAAGUUUCAUUCCAAAAAUAAGUAAAUAUAAAAAGGUUUCCGACUAUUUCGAAUGAACUUUGACAGAUGAGCACAUAUUGUAGCAUCUACAAAUCUAUCACGUGAUAAUACAUACUCAGCAAGAAGAGGGUACAUUAUUUUCAAUUAAUUAUACGCACCUGGAAGCCACGAACUCUAUGUAAAAAAAAAAGUUGUCCGAGUGUUUAAAAGGACGCUCGCCAUUAGAAAUAGCCCAAUGCUAACGCGAACGUGAAUGCGAAAGGUCUGUGCUGAGGAUCACUCAGCACAGACCUUUAAAGGCAAAAAAAACAUUGCAUAUUCUUUCUUGCCAAGAUAAGACGACAAAUCUUACCGUGUGUCU